UCUCAACUCCAACAAAGCAAAGAAAAAAGCUUUCAAAUUUUCACUUCUCGUACACAAAAGAAGGAACUCCCAAAAAAAAAAAGAGGACUUAUUAUAGUACUAGUACAAUCAACACUAACAUUGGAUCAAUCAAAAUGGGGAAGAGAAACUCCGACGUGGGACGCAGAGCGUGGAACAUUUUGCGGCUGGCGCUAUUAUGGGCUCGAAAAGGCGGUGUCUUUAAACGCCGUUUAGCGACGGAGCUCCGCCUCUUGCCCAAGUUAUUGAGAGGCCUCGGUCAUCAUAACAUUGAAACGACGCCGCGUCGUCACGGAAUCAUCCGUUACGGCGAGCGUCAGCUCUCCUUCGACAGGACCCCGAUCUUCCCACGCGUCGCCGUCAAAGUUAACGGCUCCUCGUCCAUGCGGUUCCUCCAUAGCCACAUUCCUUGCUUGAACCCUCCGGUGGUGGACUUUGACCGGGACGAGUAUGACGACGUCGUUUACGACUGUGCGAGGAAGAGUUUUCUGACCAACGGUGAAGAUCAAGAUAAUUUAUACGGUGAGGAAGACGAAGAAGAGGAGGAAGAAUAUGUGUCGUAUGAGGAAAACGACAAUGAAGAGAACAAUAUUGAUACGAGGGCAGAAGAGUUUAUAGCUAAAUUCUACGAGCAGAUUAAGCUGCAGAGACAGAUUUCGUAUUUGCAGUACAAUGAGAUGCUUAACAGAGGCACAUGUUGAGUGCUUCAAUAUGUCUUCUAUUUUUUUUUUGUUUUUUAGUUUCUUUUUUGGUACCACGGCAUUUUGUAGAUACCAGAGGCUUUCGUUGAGUUCUGAGUAAUGUAUACGAUCGUUUCAUAAAUAAAUAUUUCGUGAUCAGUAGAGUUUUGAUUCA